AUGCCACGGGCCGUAGCGAGAACGCGCAGGAAAGCGGAACGGCAUGGGCGCGAGGAAACGACGAGCCUGGCCAACGAUUCGCGGCCCUCGUUCGCCUCGGUCUUCACGAUCGAAAGCAUACUUGGGCUAAACCAUCACCAUCACCAUCACCAUCACCACCACGGUUCACUCGGCGAUAAGCUGCUUUCGCCCGUGCCACAACGAUUGGAUGGUGCAGCGACGGUGGCCGCGUACGAACUCGAGCAUACCAAACAAAGCCUAUCGAACUACUUUCGCUGCACCGCGGCCAGCACGCUUCAUCUGCCCUCGGCCAGCGAUGCGAACCCCGCCACCGGUACCACGAUGCUACCCGCGAACAUUCUUGGAAUAGCGUAUCCAUCGUCCUGCCACAGCUAUCUGCAGCCCUCGGAUCUGUUCGCGGCCCACCUGCACCAGCAGGUCGGGCUGGUCGCGUGCAACGGUAGCUUCCGGCCACGUUACCCCUUCCUCAGCACCGAUUCGCACAUCAAGCGAAAACGGCGGCAUCGAACGAUUUUCACCGAGGAACAGCUCGAACAGCUCGAGGCCACCUUCGACAAGACACACUAUCCCGAUGUGCUGCUGCGGGAAAAGUUGGCCAUCAAGGUGGAUCUAAAGGAGGAGCGUGUUGAGGUUUGGUUCAAGAACCGGCGUGCCAAGUGGCGGAAGCAGAAGCGCGAAGAACAGGAACAGUUCUCCAACUACGAGAUUAACAGUAAAAUACGGAAGCUGAUCAACAUCCCGGUAACGGCACAGGAGAAGCUUCGGCAACUGCAGCAAACUGGCAUGUUCGGUACGGGGUCGACGGGCAAGGACAAACCGAUGGUGGUGGUGCCAAAGUGCGAUGAGCUGAUGAGCAACAAUAGCAAUAGCGAUGCGUCCGAUGUGGAGGUGGUAUGA